AUGGCAACCGAAUCCGAGCAACACCUCUCGCAGAGAGUAGGACUAUUACCACAACCAAUGCCAUCCCCCAAGACGAUUGACACAAUUCUUCUCAAUCACCCGUCCCCUGCGGUCGAAACUGACUUUGAUGCAAACUUUUGUCAGAUGGUGGCUUCACGACAAGGUCUCCCAGACACCACCAAAACCGAGAUUCCUUCGGAUGCCCGUCCGUCCAACCCGGCAGGUCGCAGCUGGCCAGACCCCGGCAGGCUGGACGGUGAGCUCGAACUUCCUUUGCAACAAUGCGGGCUCCAGCGAAGCAACGCAUUACGUCGCCGAGUUCACCCAUGCCGGGACCUCACCACUUGCAAGUCUUCGCAGCAGCGAUGGUAUUCUAGAAUCGCGAAAUAUGAGAACAACAAAGACAACAACACCAACACCAACAGUUCAUCGAGUUGGAAAGCGGCCAACGACCUCGAGUGGGGUUUCUCAUAA